GGCGCCCCCACGUGCCGCCGCCUCGCCGCUGGCUGGAACGCGCCGCGCGGGGCGCAAUGAUAGUCUUUCACCAUGCAUCGGAAGAAAGUGGAUAACCGGAUCCGGAUUCUCAUUGAGAAUGGGGUAGCUGAGCGGCAGAGGUCUCUCUUCGUUGUAGUUGGAGAUCGAGGAAAGGAUCAGGUGGUCAUCCUCCAUCACAUGUUGUCCAAAGCAACUGUGAAGGCUCGGCCUUCAGUGCUGUGGUGUUAUAAGAAAGAGCUGGGGUUCAGCAGUCACCGGAAGAAAAGAAUGCGGCAGCUGCAGAAAAAAAUAAAGAAUGGGACACUGAACUUAAAGCAAGAUGACCCCUUUGAGCUCUUCGUAGCAGCCACAAACAUUCGCUACUGCUACUACAACGAGACCCACAAGAUUCUGGGCAAUACCUUCGGCAUGUGCGUCCUCCAGGAUUUUGAAGCCUUAACUCCAAACUUGCUGGCCAGGACUGUGGAGACAGUGGAAGGCGGUGGGCUGGUGGUCAUCCUCCUGCGGACCAUGAAUUCACUUAAGCAGCUGUACACGAUGACCAUGGACGUGCAUUCAAGAUACAGGACGGAGGCCCAUCAGGAUGUGGUGGGAAGAUUUAAUGAGAGAUUUAUUCUCUCUCUGGCUUCUUGUAAGAAAUGUCUUGUCAUCGAUGACCAGCUCAGCAUCCUGCCCAUCUCCUCCCAUGCUGCCAGCAUUGAGGCCCUCCCUCCCCAGACCCUGGAUGAGAGUCUUGGUCCUUCUGAUCUGGAGCUGAAGGAGUUGAAGGAGAGCUUGCAGGAUACCCAGCCUGUGGGCGUGUUAGUGGACUGCUGCAAGACCCUAGACCAGGCCAAAGCUGUCUUGAAAUUCAUUGAGGGGAUCUCAGAGAAGACCCUGAGGAGUACAGUGGCGCUCACAGCCGCCCGAGGAAGGGGAAAGUCCGCAGCCCUAGGCUUGGCCAUUGCUGGGGCAGUGGCUUUUGGGUACUCCAAUAUCUUUGUUACCUCCCCAAGCCCUGAUAACCUCCACACUCUGUUUGAAUUUGUAUUUAAAGGAUUUGAUGCUCUGCAGUAUCAGGAGCAUCUGGACUAUGAGAUUAUUCAGUCUCUAAAUCCUGAAUUUAACAAAGCCGUGAUCAGAGUGAACGUAUUCCGAGAGCACAGGCAGACCAUCCAGUAUAUACACCCUGCGGAUGCUGUGAAGCUGGGCCAGGCUGAACUGGUUGUGAUUGAUGAAGCUGCCGCCAUCCCCCUGCCCCUGGUGAAGAGCCUCCUGGGCCCCUACCUUGUUUUCAUGGCAUCCACCAUCAAUGGCUACGAGGGCACUGGCCGGUCCCUGUCCCUCAAGCUAAUUCAGCAGCUCCGUCAGCAGAGUGCCCAGAGCCAGAUCAGCACCACGGCUGAGAAUAAGACCACGACCACAGCUAGACUGGCAUCAGCGCGAACGCUGCACGAGGUCUCCCUGCAGGAGUCCAUCCGAUACGCCCCUGGGGAUGCAGUGGAGAAGUGGCUGAACGACUUGCUGUGCCUGGAUUGCCUCAACAUUACUCGGAUCGUCUCAGGCUGCCCCUUACCUGAAGCCUGUGAGCUCUACUAUGUUAAUAGAGAUACGCUCUUUUGCUACCACAAGGCCUCUGAAGUUUUCCUCCAAAGGCUUAUGGCCCUCUAUGUGGCUUCUCACUACAAGAACUCUCCCAACGACCUCCAGAUGCUCUCUGAUGCACCUGCUCACCACCUCUUCUGCCUUCUGCCUCCCGUGCCCCCCACCCAGAAUGCCCUUCCUGAAGUGCUGGCUGUCAUCCAGGUGUGCCUCGAGGGGGAGAUUGCGCGCCAGUCCAUCCUGAACAGCCUGUCUCGAGGCAGGAAGGCUUCGGGGGACCUGAUUCCAUGGACAGUGUCAGAACAGUUCCAAGAUCCGGACUUCGGCGGCCUUUCAGGGGGAAGGGUUGUUCGCAUUGCUGUUCACCCGGAUUAUCAAGGGAUGGGCUAUGGCAGCCGAGCUCUGCAGCUGCUGCAGAUGUACUACGAGGGCAGGUUCCCUUGUCUGGAGGAAAAGGUCCUUGACACGUCACAAGAAAUUCACACUGUCAGCAGCGAGGCCGUCAGCUUGUUGGAAGAGGUCGUCACUCCCCGGAAGGACCUGCCUCCCUUACUCCUCAAACUGAACGAGAGGCCGGCUGAGCACCUGGAUUACCUGGGUGUGUCCUAUGGCUUGACCCCCAGGCUCCUCAAGUUCUGGAAGCGAGCUGGGUUUGUUCCUGUUUAUCUGAGACAGACCCCGAAUGACCUGACUGGAGAGCACUCAUGCAUCAUGCUGAAGACGCUGGCUGAUGAGGAUGAGGCUGACCAGGGAGCCUGGCUUGUGGCCUUCUGGAAAGAUUUCCGCAGGCGCUUCCUGGCCCUUCUGUCCUACCAGUUCAGCACCUUCUCCCCUCCCCUGGCGCUGAACAUCCUUCAGAACAGGAACGUCGGGAAGCCCGUGCCGCCGGCCCUACGCCGGGAGGAGCUGGAAGCGCUCUUCCUCCCCUACGACCUGAAGAGGCUGGAGAUGUACUCACGGAACAUGGUCGACUAUCACCUCAUCAUGGACUUGAUCCCGGCCAUCUCCCGGAUGUACUUCCUGAGCCAGCUGGGGGACCUGGCCCUGUCCGCCGCCCAGUCGGCUCUUCUCUUGGGGAUUGGCCUCCAGCAUAAGUCUGUGGACCAGCUGGAAAAGGAGAUCGAGCUGCCCUCAGGCCAGCUGAUGGGACUUUUCAACCGGAUCAUCCGCAAAGUGGUGAAGCUGUUUAGUGAAGUGCAGGAAAAGGCCAUUGAGGAGCAGAUGGUGGCAGUGAAGGAUGUGGUGAUGGAGCCCACGAUGAAGACCCUGAGUGACGACCUGGAUGAAGCAGCAAAGGAGUUCCAGGAGAGACACAAGAAGGAAGUGGGGAAGUUGAAGGACAUGGACCUCUCUCAAUACAUAAUCCGUGGGGACGAUGAAGAGUGGAAUGAAGCUUUGAAUAAAGCCGGACAGAACGCCUCGAUCGUCAGCCUGAAGAGCGACAAGAAAAGGAAGUCGGAAGCCAAACAAGAACCCAAACAGAACAAAAAGUUGAAGAAAAACAGAGAUAUGAAGAACAGAAAAGAUGGGAAACGGCAGCGGAAGAAAUAGGGAAGAGAGACUUGGACGCCAGCGCUGACUCGGAGGAGCUG